AUGGGUCUCGAGUUCUCAACAAAUCCCUUCGGGAUACCUUCAAACUGGAAGGAAAGUAACGCCUACACCACGCCGGUUACCGCCAUUUCUUCGGUUUUGGCCGGAAACCUGGAGAGCGUUUUCAGUUACAAAACAUUCUCAGAGCCAGACCUUCUGGAUGGCGCUUUGAAAAAGUGGUCGUCGAAAGGUUACACUACGUUGCAGUUCGAGGAGCUUCAGUUGAGAUCCGGAGCCGGCCUUGCACCCCUCGGUUUUGCUAGAGGGAGCGGGCACAGCUCUCUAUAUGGUAUUAUAACUCCGGGAUACGGCUUGAGCUACUUUGCGAACGCAUUCACGCGUGAAGCUGAGACGAAGAAUCGGUUUCUAUUCAACGUGGGCGCCUUAGAGUACAACGAGGAAUCUGGACAGGUUGCUAGUGAUUUUGUGACCCCUGUCAAAAUUGCCGCGUCCAUGGGACUGCCUGUUGUGUCACCAACUUCGGUGAAAGAGGUUAAGCAUACAGCGCUACUGGCCAUUGCACUUGCUAAAUUUGGGAAGCCUAUUGGCGCUGUCAAUCUAUUCGAUGGUGCCAAUUACGCCAAGACUGUCUUAAAUAUUGAUGAGCAAGAGAGCCAGGACAUUAUUGGCGAGCUUUCGAGCUCUUUGGUUGUUGGGUCUACUUUUGACCAGAUUUUGGACAAGUUCAAUGAGGUGUCCUCGGCGAAGCUGCACAACUUUGAUUAUCAUGGUGACGAGAAUGCCGAGACAGUUUUCGUGACGUUCGGCUGUGUUGAAUCAGAACUCUUUAGCACAAGUCUCAGAGGAAACACCAACAACGUCGGACACAUUGCCAUCAGAAUUCCUUUGCCUUUUGACACUGAGAAGUUUGUGGCCCAGAUACCAAAAUCGGCGAAAAACCUUGUCGUCAUUGGCCAGUCUUUGGACGGCCAGUCCCCAACGACUCUGAAGUCCCAGAUCUCGGCUGCGCUAUUCUUUCAAAAGGCCAAGACGGUCAAGGUUUCUGAAUACUUAUACCUUCCAUCAUUUGUCUGGUCAGCUGAUGCGGUAAAGCAAGUGGUCUCUACAUUUGCGCCGGAGUUCAGUUCUUACGUGUCUCACCAAGCUGAGAAUUUUAUUUAUUGGGCAUCGGACUCGAGUGUCAACCUUGAUGUUGCUUCCAGGCUAGUUCAUGCUUUAUCUUUGGUUGAUAACCGCGAGGUUUCCUUUAGAACAAAAUUUGAUAACAACGCCAAUGGUGGAGUCUUCCAAGCCCAGUUUUCAUCAGGAAAACAAAGCGGUUCUCACGUUUUUUCUAACAUCGAUUCCGCUAAUGUCGCUGUCGUGGAGAAUUUGUCCAUUCUCAACGCGUUUGACGUAGCAAAAACAGUUGACAACAAUGGUGUAGUUCUUAUUAUCACUGAGAAGUCCAUUAAAGACAAAGACCUUUCUGAUAGUAAGGUUCUUGCAGAAGAACUUAAAAUUCCUAUCAGCUUCUUGAGACAGGCGGUUGAUAAGAACCUUUUGCUGGCAUUCCUAGAUACUGAGACUAUUGGAGACAAAGAAGAAACAAAGGGGAGAACUGCGUCUUUUGUAACCCAAGCUGCCUUUUGGAAAUAUGCGUACAAGCUAUCUGUGGCAGAAAGUGUUCGUCGUAUUUGGAGUUCUGCGGGCUCAGAUAUUGAACUUCUGGCUGCCGUGCUGUCAGAGACGAUCACGACCGCUUUUGAAGUGGGUCUACACGAGGUGCCUGCGGAGAAAUUGAGUAAAUCGAUCCCUGAAGUCUCUCCAGAAAAGGAUGAAGAGGGACCGCUGCCCUCACUUUUAACUGAAACAUGUUUCAAGCCUAAUCCAAGAAAGUCUGAAGAGCACAGUGAGGUCGAGCUCUCGAGCAAGGCAAGCGUCGCUCAACAACUGAGCUUCAAGGAAGCUUUUGCUACUGAAAGUUCUUUAAGGCCUGAUCUACCAAUGAAAAACUUCAUCGUCAAGGUGAAGGAGAAUAGACGUGUAACUCCCGAUGACUAUGAUAGAUACAUCUUCCACAUUGAAUUUGAUAUCACUGGAACUGGUCUGACAUACGGUAUUGGGGAGGCUCUCGGUGUUCAUGCGAGAAACAACCAGCCGCUUGUUAGGGAGUUUUUGGAAAGCUACGGGUUGAGUGAGAAUGAUAUCAUUCAAGUGCCUAGCAAGGAAGAUCACGAUGUUUUGGAGAGUAAGACAGUUCUGAAGGCUUUUACAGAAAACCUUGAUCUGUUUGGUAAACCACCAAAAGCUUUCUAUCAAUCCUUGAUAGAUUUCGCGUCCAACGAAGACGAGAAGAGGAAGCUUGAGGAGCUUGUUUCACCAGAAGGCGCGGUGCUCUUGAAAAAGUACCAAGACGUCGAGUAUUACACUUACGCAGAUAUCUUUAAGCUAUUCCCCUCUGCGAGACCUGGUAUCACAGACCUGGUAAGAAUAAUUUCCCCACUCAAGAGAAGAGAAUAUUCGAUCGCUUCAUCUCAAAGAGUCCAUCCUAACGAAGUCCAUCUUUUGAUUGUCGUCGUUGACUGGAUUGAUAACAAGGGCCGCAAGCGUUUUGGGCAAUCUUCAAAGUACUUAGCCGAACUACCAGUUGGCGCAGAGCUCGUUGUUAGUGUUAAGCCUUCUGUCAUGAAGCUACCCCCAUCUCCUCAACAACCCGUGAUUAUGAGUGGUCUCGGUACUGGUUUAGCUCCUUUCAAAGCUAUUGUCGAGGAGAAGUUUUGGCAAAAGCAGCAGGGUCAUGAUAUUGGAAAGGUUUUCCUAUUCCUCGGUUCGAGACACAAAAGAGAAGAGUACCUCUACGGUGAACUAUGGGAAGCUUACAAAGAUGCAGGCAUUGUUACACAUAUUGGUGCAGCGUUCUCUAGAGACCAACCUCACAAGAUUUACAUCCAAGAUAGAAUCCGUGAAGCGCUAAAAGAAUUGCAAACAGCACUUAUUGACGAGAAAGGCUCUUUUUACUUGUGCGGCCCCACAUGGCCUGUUCCUGACAUUACAAAAGCUUUACAAGAUAUCAUUAAGGCGGACGCAGACGAAAGAGGCGAAAAAGUUAACUUGGAUGAGGCUAUUGAAGAACUGAAGGAGACUUCGCGUUAUAUCCUAGAAGUUUACUGA